CUUUAAUAAGAAGUAUUAAUUAAAUAAAUACUGAGGCAACAUCAAAUCUCACUCACUCACUCAUUGUGAAGAAGAAGGUGAUUUUUGCAAAAGAAAUAAAAAGCUUCUUCCUUGUUCCGCAUGUGGUUCGGAAACAUGUUGGAGCAUGACCUUGGUGUUGUUCAGACUCGCUUUCUCUGCUCACUCAGAGACUGAGACACUUUUCUUUUUCUGUCAUUGGCUGUGUGUUUGCUUCCAAAAGCUCUAAACAAGAGAAAGAGGAAAAAAAAAAAAAACUCUCUUCUCUGUCCCAUUUUCUCAGAUCUAUUUCCUCCCUUUCUCUUUUCUUCCAUUGCCGGUCAGACAUGAGUAAAGAAGAGUUUUUGAAGAUACAGAAAUGUGUUCUCAAAGUGAACAUCCAUUGUGACGGGUGCAAGAACAAAGUGAAGAAAAUCUUGCAGAAAAUUGAUGGGGUUUUUACCACCGAUAUAGAUGCAGAACAUGGGAAGGUGACUGUUUCAGGGAAUGUGGAUCCUAAUAUUCUCAUCAAGAAGCUUGCGAAAUCAGGGAAACAUGCAGAACUCUGGGGUGCUCCUAAGGGAAACAACAAUAGCAACAACAACAAUAACCAGAACCACAUUGCGAACCAGUUCAAGAACAUGCAAAUUGACAAAAGUGGGGGGAACAACAAGGGUCAGAAGGGGGGUGGUGGUGGUGGUGGUGGUGGUGGUGGUGGUGGUGGGAAUAACCAUGGCAAGGGUAAUCAACAAGGGCAAAACCCCCAACAACAACAACAAAACCCUCAACAACAGCUGCAACAGCAGCUGCAACAGCUUCAGCAGAUUAAAGGGUUCCAAGAUCUGAAGCUGCCUCAAUUCAAGGAUAUGAACAUGAAGCUGCCCAGCCACAACCCCAAUCCCCACGGUGGUGGUGCCGCCAAAGCGGUUAAGUUCACUUUGCCUGAGGAUGAUGAUUUGUCUGAUGAUGAGUUGGAUGAGUUUGAUGAUGAAUUUGAUGAUGAGUUUGAUGAUGAUGAAAUGGAUGAUCCCCAGCAUCCUCUCAAUAAGAUGAUGAUGAAGCCCCCUAUGAUGGGUAAUGCCCCUAUGGGUAACCAGGCUCAGAUGAUGUUGAAUGGCAUGAUGAAUGGUCAGAAAGGUGCAAAUGGUGGUGGUGGAGGUAAUGGGAAGAAAGGCGGUGGAGGAGGCAGUGGCGGAGGACCUAUGCCUGUGCAAGUGCAUAACAUGGGUGGUGGAAAUGAUGGUAAAAAUGGGAAUGGAGGAAAGAAAGGUGGUGGUGGCGGCAACAGUGGGGGAGGUGGCGGAAACAAUCAGAACCAGGGUGGUGGUAACAAAAACAAUGGUGGCAAACAGGGAGGCGGCAUGCCAAAUGGAAACAACAAAAACAAUGGUGGUGGUGGUGGUGGCAUUCCUGGUAACAAUGUGAAUGUAGGUAAAAAGGGUAAUAAUGGAAUGAGUGAAGGUGUUCAAGCUAUGAACAUGUUCCCAAACAUGGGUGGUCAUAAUCCUAGUAUGGUUGGUGCUACUAUGGGUCCUAUGGGUAACAUGAACAUCCCUAUGGGCAGCAACAUGUCAAUGAAUCAAAUGGGAAACAUUCCAGCUGUUCAAGGCCUACCAGCCACUACCAUGAACAACGGUGGGGGUGGUGGUGGCGGAUACUUCCAAGGUGGUGGUGGUCCGGAUAUGAUGGGUGGCAAUCCUUACCAACAACAGCAAUACAUGGCUGCUAUGAUGAACCAACAAAGGGCAAUGGGGAAUGAUAGAUUUCAACCAAUGAUGUAUGCUAGGCCUCCCAUGCCUGUCAAUUAUAUGUAUCCUCCUCCUUAUAGCUACCCUCAACCUCAUCAAGAACCAUAUUCCAGCUUUUUCAGUGAUGAAAAUACUUCCAGCUGCAGUGUUAUGUGAAGUAGUAAUGGUAAUGGGUGGUGGUGGUAGUGCUGGUUAUGGUUUCAACUUGCAAGCCCUUUCUAAUCUGAUGCAAUAUUAUACAACAAUGGAAAUGAGUUUUAAUGGUUUUCAAUUUUCUUUUCUUUUAUCCCUUUUCUCCAAGUUAAACUAGAGCUUUUGGUUACCAUAGAGGAGUAAUUUAUAGAUUUUAUAAUAUUUAUGAUCGUGGAAACUAUGAGAUGAUCAUGUAACUGGGGAUGUGGUGGUGGGUUUCCUCCUCCAUGUGAGAUGUUUAUGUGUUUAUAUAUAUGUUGCAAACAGAAAUAAAUUUCAUGUCUGCACUUUAUUUUUUUUCCUUGAGAA